UUUCACCAGCGAACCUCGUCCUGUUGCUAUGAUGCUUGUUACUCUUCAGACAGUUGACAUUGUGUGGUUAUUGUUAGCAUUAGCUUUUCUGUUAGCUUUCAGUGUUUGUAAAUUCUCUCUCAGAUUACCGGGUGAAUUCGAGCAGCUUUUCCAGGCUCUUAUUCGAUACGGAAAAACCAAAGCACAGAUCCAGCAGCAACCCGAGACCUUUCCCUUACUUUAUGUUCCGAAAAGAUGGUUCUGGCAUUUCUACGCGGUUUCUGUCCUCUGGAAUGGACUUCUGCUCAUUUUGUUGAUCCUCUCUGUGUUCGUCGAGAAACAGCUUCCUGACUUUCUGACCAAUCUUCUUACUUUUUUAACUGGUCAAGCAAACGAGGUAAAACUGACAGUCUUAGUGUUACAAGCUCUCCUGUGGAUCCAUUCCCUCAGGCGCUUGCUGGAGUGCUUCCUGGUCAGCAUUUUCUCUAAUGGACACAUCAAUGUUGUUCAGUAUGCAUUUGGCUUGAGUUAUUACAUCCUGCUAGGGUUGACUGUCCUGUCUGUAAACUCCUCACUGCCUGCAGAAGGGACAUCUGUUGUGACCUUCUCCCAGAUCAUAUGGCCCAUUGCAGGAGUCCUGUUGUUCCUCUGGGCUUCACUGCUGCAGCACCGUUCACUCUCACUGCUGGCCAGCCUGCGCACCAACAGCUUAGGUCAGGUGCAGACUCUCGCCCAUAGGAUACCACAUGGAGGCUGGUUCGAGCUGGUGUCCUGUCCUCACUAUCUGGCAGAGCUGCUGAUCUACAUGGCCAUGAGCAUGUGCUGCGGCUGUGUCUCUUUCACAUGGUGGCUUGUGGUGCUCUAUGUUCUGUGUAACCAGGUUCUGGCAGCUCAUCUCUGUCAUGAGUAUUACAGAAGGACGUUUAAAGCUUAUCCCUCUGACCGCAAAGCCAUCUUUCCAUUCUUUCUGUAAUUAACUGAUUUUUGUUGUUGUUUUUUUAAAUAUACAAACAUGUCGAAA